GUCCCUUUCACCCCCUUCCUGUGGGUGGUGGUGUGCAGGCCUCGGCCCCUGGCCACUCUGCCCCCGUGUCCCUGGCCUUCCAACCCCUACACAUACUCCCCUGGCUGGUUUUUAUGUCGCUGGUGUCAUUUGACAGCCAAGGGGGAAAGGACGGCAUUGACGACUACCCGUCAUUGAUGACCUGUUGUUGUUGUGUUACCAUGACAUUCAUAAUUAUUUCGCCCAUAAAGGGUUGCUAUUAUUGAGUGAAUAUAGAUGGAGGCAAACUUGAUUUAUAGAAUCUGACUGAAAAGUGCAUGGAAAUAUUGAAUCCAAGGUCACGGUGAAGUAAAAACGGUGAUUUGCCUUGAUUGACGGUAGUACAGUACAAUGAUAAGCUAUGAAGGAAUACAAGAUAUAGUAACAGCUAUCCUUGUAAUAUUGGUUGUCUCUCUAGUCGUAGCAGCAGCAUGGCUAUCAACAAAUGUGAGAGAACAACCAUUAGUUGCAACAGCAGUGGUAGUAUUUCAGAGUGGACACGCAGUGGAAACAGAGCGAACUCAUAGUGACAGUGGCCAGAGUCCCACUGAAACUCAAAGUAGCAAUAAUAGUGUAAUAGAAGGGGAAGCCUCUGGUUUAAGAGCAACAUCCCAAAUGAAAGAAAGUGAGGACACUGAUGUUACCAAGGAACAAGAUAUGGAAGUGCCUCAGAGAACUGGUAGAGAAUUGGCGGGUGGGAGUCAAAGUAGUGAAACAUGUAACAUAAGCUUAUCACUGCCAAAGGAAGUUAGUGAAAAAUCAGUGCAGAGAAGUGAAAAUCUAAAUGUUGGCUCUACAUCAUUAGUCUCAGAGUCAGACCAGGAUGGUGUGGUACAAAAUCUCAGUCAAGAACCAAACUUAAGUGAGAGCAAUGUCACAAAUCAAUCUACUGAUUCUUCUAUUCCGUCCCAUGCAUCGUCACUGGAGAAGUUGAGAGACAUCGUGCCUGAUGUGGAAGUCCGAAACAGGCGGUUGCAGCAGUUUAUAUCUAUGGGUGAAAGUUCUACUUGUUCAGAGGCCCAUUCUAGUACUGGUACAACCAUUUCCUCUGAGCUUCUUGAAGUUAAAGAUCUACACACAUCUGCUGAAGACAAAUUAUGUAAGUCUUCAGAUGGUGCUUCUUUAGAUGAAACGUGUAGUCAUUCAAUCAAAACUGAAGAGAAUAUUACUACAUUGUCUAGUGAAUCGAGUGCUUCCAUAAAGGAGGAAGAAAUAAGGCCUCCUGGAAGCAUAAGAAUUCGCUUGAAGUUUCUCGAUGAAACCCAAAGAUAUGUAUUUGCUAAACUUACUGAGCAAGUUGGAACCUUUAAAAGACAACACUUCUCCAUAGAAAUGGAUGCUAAUCGGCGUAUUCGACUUAUUUUCAAUGGUCAGCUGUUGAGUCAAGACACAUCAACUCUUGCACAGUAUGGUUUAUUUGAGAAUUGUGUGGUUCACUGUCAUGUAUCACAACCACAGCAUACCAGCAGAAGCAGUGGGCAAUCGGGAGGACUUGCCGCACAAGAUGAAGAUGAUGCCUACGUCUCAGGACUUUUGGCACCCCUCUUGUACUGUGUGAUGGUUGUGGUGUGGUAUCUUCGCUAUGAAUACGGCCACCUCUUCAACACCAUGUCAACCGUCAUCCUUCUAUUUCUGACAGCUCUGCUCAUAAUUUCUACAUACCUCCUCUACAUCACACAUAAUGUGCCUGAAAAUGGAACUUCUGCCCAGAUAUCAGCACGUCCACAAACCGAGACACAAAGUACAUUAUAAAAAAAAUGUAUAAACUUUUUUUGUAGAAUG